AUGUUCUUUUCUUCUCUUUUAUUUUCUAAAUUCUCUUUGCUUCUUUUUUUUUUCCUUUACGUCAUCCAAUGCUUUUCUUUUUCUUCUUUAUCCUUUUUUUCAAACAAAAAUUCCUUCUCCUUUUCUCUUUCUUUUUUUUUUUUUCUCCUUUCACUUUCUACUCCUUUUACUUCUACGUUCUUUUCUCUUUCUUUCUUUUCCAUUUUUUUCUCAUUUUACUUCUAUAUUUUUUCUCCUUUCUUUUCCAUAUUCUUCUCUUUCUUUCACAUCUUUGUUCUUUUCCUUUUUGAUUUCUUUUUUUUUUCUCUCUAUUUCUUAUUUUCUUCUUUAAUUCUCAUAAAUUUAUUGUUUUUUUUCUUCCAUUUCUUCCGACUUUACCUUUUUUUUUUUCCUUCCCUUUUUCCUCCUUUCUUCUUUUCUUGUCCCUCGCCUUUCUUCCGUCUUCUGUUCUUUUAUCUUCUAUCUCCAUUUUAUCAUUCGUUUAUUUCUUUCUUUUUCCCUUUCUUUUCUACUUCUCUCCCUUUCUCUUCCCUUUCCCCUCUUUCUUUCUUCCGCUCUUUCUUAUUAUCUUACUCUCCUUCUUCAUCUUACCUUCUUCAUCUCUGCUUUCUUUUGUUCUUUCUCUUUCUUUUUCUUUAUCUUUACUCCCCCUUAUAUUCUUCAAUUGUCUUUUUUCAACCCAUCUCUUUUUCUCUCUUCAUCCUUCAUUUCCGCUCUUUUCUUUUCUUUCUUUCUUCCUUUCUUUCCCCCUUUCUACUAGGCUUUCUCUCUUUCUUUUUUCUUUAUCUUUACUCUCCCUUAUAUUCUUCAUUUUUUCUUUUCUUACCCUUUCUUACUCUCUUUCUCUCUUCAUCCUUGCUUUCCUCUUCUUUCUUUCUUUCUUUCUUUCUUUCUCUUUACUCUUCCGCCUUCCUUUUUUGUUUUCUUCCUCCUUCUUACUUUUUUUUGGUGGGGAGGCAUACUUCUUCUCUUUUUUCUCUCAUUCUUUACUCUCUUUAUUACUUUCUUCUUUCCGUCUUUUCUUUUUUUCUCCCUUCCUUUCAUUCCCUCUCUAUUUCCCUCCUUUUCUUUUCUUCCUCUUUUCACUUAUUCAUUUCUUUCUCUCUUCUUCCCACCUUUUUCUUUUUUCUUUCUUCUCUUCUACUCUUUCUUUCUUUCAUUCAUUUACUUCUCUUUAAUCCCUUCUCUUUCUUCCUGUCUUUUUCCUCUCCCUUUCCUUCCUUCCUUUUUUUUUCACUUCUUACUAUUUCAUUAAUCCUCUUCUUUCGUAUUUCCUUUCAUGUUCACUCUUUUCCUUUUGACUUAUUUUUCCUUUUCUUUCUCACUUCAAUCCUUCCACUCUCUCUCUUCUUUCAUCUUUUCUUUCUUGCUUAUUUUCUUCCUCCCUUCCUUCCACUGAAUCAUAUUUUUCUUCCUUCUGUGUCUUUCUUUUUCUUUCCUUCAUUAAUUUUUUUCCAUUCUUUCUUCCUCCCUUCCUUCAUUUCUUCCUUCUUUUUUUUUUCCGUCUUUUCUUCGUUUGAUAAUAUUCUCUUGAAGAAUUGUUUUUCCUUUUUCAUUCUUCCUUCUCUCCGCUUUUCUUUCCUUUCCUGUCCUUCCUUCCACUCUUUUUUUCUACCCUUCUUUUUAUCACCUUUCCUUUCUCACUUUCUUUCUUUCUCUUUUUUGUUUCUUUCUUUUAGUCUUCCUUCUUUCCUUCCUUUCUUCAUUUCUCUCUUCCCUAUCUUCCUUAGGUUCUUCCGUCCUUCUAUUCGUCCUUUCUUCUUUCCUUCCCUCUUUCCUUCCUUUUUUUCUUUCUUUUUCUCUCUUCCUCCCUCUCUUUCUUCUUUCCUCUCUUCAUUAGAUUGUAUUCUCUCGAAGCAUAUCUCGGAAUUGUUUUUACUUUUUCCAUUCUUCUGUCCUUUACAUUGCUUUUCUUUCUUUUCACUCAUUUUUCUACUCUUUCUUUCCAUCUUUCUUUUUUUUACUUUCUUCCUCUUGUCUUCUAUUCCCCUCUCCCUUCCUUACUCCUUCUUUUCUCUCUUCCUUCCUUCUUUCUUUCCUUUUUCACUUCUUUCUUUUCUUCCGAUUUUCUUUCUUCAUCUGUUCCUUCUUUUGAUUUUAUUCACUCGAAGCAUUUCUCGUAAUUCUUUUUUUCUUUUUCCAUUCUUCCGUCCUUCCCCUCGUCCUUCCUUCCUUCCUUCCUUCCUUCCUUCCUCCUUUCCUUCCUUUCCUUUCCUUCCUUCCUUCCUUCCUCCCUUCCUCCCUUCCUUCCUUCCUUCCUUCCUUCUUCUUACUCAUUAUUCUAUCUUUUGUUUCUUUCUUUUUUCCUUGUUUCCUGUCGUUCUUUCUUCCCUCUCCCUUCCUUUCUCCUGCCUCUCUUCCUUUCUUCUUUACUCCCUUCUCCUCUUAUUUCCUUCCUCCUUCUCUUCUUUUGAUUUUAUUCUCUCGAAGCAUUUCUCGCGAUCUUUUUUUUUGUUUUCGAUUCUUCCGUGUUUCUCUUCGUCUUCCGUCCGUCCGUCCCUCCGUCCGUCCUUCCUUCCUUCCUUCCUUCCUUCCUCAUUCCUUCCUUCCUUCCUUUUUCCUUCCUUCCUUUUUCCUUCCUUCCUUUUUCCUUCCUUCCUUCCUUCCUUUUCCUUCCUUCCUUCCUUCCUUUUCCUUCCUUCCUUCCUUCCUCGCUUCCUGCCUUCCUUCCUUUCGUUCAUUUUUUUUAACCUUUGCUUUUUUUCUUUUUUUUUCCUUGCUUCCUGUCGUCUUUUCUUCCCCUUCCGCCCGUCCUUCUCUAUUUUUUUUAUUUUUUCCUUCCUUCCUUUCUUUUUUCCUUCCUUCCUUUCUUUUUUCCUCUCUUCCUUUUCCAUUCUUCCAUCUUUCCCUUCGUUCUUUCCUUCGUUCUUUCCUUCCUUCCUUUCACUCAUUUCUUUAACCUUUGCUUCUUUCUUUUUUCUUUGCCUCCUGUCGUCUUUUCUUCUCCUCUCCCUUCCGUCCUUUCUACAUUUAAUUUUUCUUCUUCUCUUCCUUUCUUUCUUUCUUUCUUUCCUUCUUCUCUUCCUUCUUUCCUCUCUUCCUCCGUUCCUUCCUUCUUUUGGAUUUUAUUCUCUCAAAGCACAUCUCAGAACGAGGCCGCCUUUUCCCUUUGCGUUUUCUGUCGUUGUCACUUCCUCCCGCUCCGACUCUUUCGUUCAUUUUGAUCAUUUUCUCUCAAUCUGUUCUUUAAUGUCUAUCUAUCUAUCUAUCUAUCUAUCUAUCUAUCUAUCUAUCUCAGUCUGUUCAUUAUCUAUCUAUCUCAUCUGUUUAUUAUCUAUCUAUCUCAUUCUGUUGAUACCUAUCUGUCUAUCUCAGUCUGUUCAUUAUCUAUCUAAUUCUGUUCAUAUCUAUCUAAUUCCUGUUCAUAUCUAUCUAUCUAUCUAUCUAUCUAUCUAUCUAUCUAUCUCAUUCUGUUCAUAUCUAUCUCAUUCUGUUCAUAUGUAUCUCAUUCUGUUCAUAUCUAUCUAUCUAUCUAUUUCAGUCUAUUCAUAUCUAUCUACCUAUCUUUCUAUUUAUCUUAUCUAUCUAUCUAUUUCAGUCUUAUAUUCAUUUCUAUCUAUCUAUCUAUUUUCGUCUGUUGGUAUCUAUUUCAGUCUUUUUGUAUCUAUUUGUCUAUCUAUCUAUCAUUUUCAGUAUGUUCAUCUCUCACUCUCUCUCUCUCUCUCUCUCUCUCUCUCUCACUAA